AUGAAUUCUUCUACUGCGAUUAUUGUUUAUGACAACACGAAAGAAGUCGGGUUGCAUCAAGAAUUACCAGAUACUUCCCAGAAAGGGGAACACACCUGGAGUGAGACUUCAAGCCCGCAUCAUUCAAAAGAAAAUGAGCCCACCUCAUCCUCAUUCAGAGGAUCCCCGAAUUCUUCUAUCGGCUUCCUCGACUUGUCACUUGAAAUCCGACGCAUGGUCUAUGAUGAAUACUUUGUCGUUACCGAACCAAUCUCAUUCCAAACUGGAUCGUCUGCAUCGCUGCCCUUUCAUCUUGAUAAGAACUAUGGUCUUCAAACCGCACUACUUCGUGCGAAAAAAAAAAUACACAGUGAAGCCGCACCAUAUAUUUACUCCAAUCGGGUUUUCAAUUUAGCUGGCAUCCCCCCUACACAACUACUACCCACUACCGAUGCAGCUUUUGCUUAUUUCUCGAGACAAAUUAGUGUUCCUAAUACGAAGCUUAUCCGUCACCUCAUUAUCGACUUUCCCGAAUUUAACCCUAGCCCUCAAGAAUGUUAUCGCCCAGAAGUCCCCAAGCCCGUUGAAGAGUCUGUGAGAAUAUUGAGGCAAAUCUACGACCAGUGUAAAGAACUUGUAACACUUAAAAUGGCAUUACACGAAUUACAUACUAUGUUUAAUUUAUUCAGUUGGCACACUUUCCUUCAAAAUGAGUUGCUUGCUACAGACUGGCUACACAAGCAACUGCAGGGCAUGCCGUUCUUGAAAUAUAUCGUCAUUCAUCUUCAAGUCAUUGACCUGAAGCGUAGAUAUCAUCAGGGCUGGAUAGACAAGUCGCGGGAGUAUGGAUGGGAUUUUAAGGUCACAGAGUAUGAAUACAAGGGAAACAAGGAUGAGGCCCUGAAUGAUGUUUUAGACGCUGUGGCCAAUCUGGCUCAGAUGGAAGAUUCCAGGCGCGAAAUGCAGCGAGGAUAUUAUAUCAAAAGACAGACCACCGAUGGAGAGUUUGAGAUUGACUAUGACUUGUCGUAUCGUGCGGCUUGUCGCAAACUUGAGGAGGGUCUCCUUCAAUCAGCAUAG